GGGUUAAUAUUUAGUUGGCUUUCUCGCAUGGGGUAGAUUUACGUCUGUACGUAAAGAAUUCGAAACCUUUAGUGAUUACAAAUACCGGUAUAGACACGCUUCGUUCGUUUUGAACAUUUUGUGAAACCAGGAGAUAAAUAUUAUAGCAAGAUAAUGUCCAUAAAAAGGGAGAGAAUUUCAGAUUAUGAGGAUGGAGAAGAUGUCCCAGUAAAAUUUGUGAGAUCCCAUCCUGAACAAACUGACCGACGCAGUCGACACUGUCCAUACUUGGAUACCAUCAACAGGAGUGUAUUGGAUUUUGACUUUGAAAAAUUAUGCUCCGUGUCUCUCUCUCACAUCAAUGUAUAUGCUUGUCUGAUUUGUGGGAAAUAUUUCCAAGGACGUGGUUUGAAGUCUCAUGCCUACACACACAGUGUUCAGUUCACACAUCACGUGUUUCUCAACUUGCACACACUUAAGUUCUACUGUUUGCCAGAUAACUAUGAAAUCAUUGACUCAUCCUUGGAAGAUAUUACAUAUGUUUUGAAGCCUACUUUUACAAAACAGCACAUUGCCAGUUUGGACAAACAAGGAAGGCUGUAUCGUGCUUAUGAUGGUACUACAUACCUUCCAGGAAUUGUGGGUUUGAAUAAUAUUAAAGCCAAUGACUAUGCCAAUGUGGUUCUGCAGGCUCUCUCAAAUGUACCACCACUGCGUAACUACUUUCUGGAGGAGGAGAAUUACCAGUCUAUUAAGCGACCACCAGGAGACAUAAUGUUUUUGUUAGUACAGCGUUUUGGGGAGUUAAUGAGAAAAUUGUGGAACCCACGUAACUUCAAGGCUCAUGUCUCGCCUCACGAAAUGCUUCAGGCUGUUGUUUUGUGCAGUAAGAAAAACUUUCAGAUCACCAAGCAAGGCGAUGCUGUGGAUUUCCUUUCCUGGUUUUUAAAUGCUUUACAUGGAGCAUUAGGAGGCACAAGGAAGAAACCAUCAAUUAUCACAAAGGUGUUCCAGGGGUCAAUGCGCAUAUUUUGCAAAAAACUACCUCACCCAGAUUUGCCUGCUGAAGAAAAAGAGGCAUUGUUGGCAAAUGAAGAAUAUCAAGAGAAAAUGUCAGAGUCCUCUUUUUUGUAUUUAACUCUUGACCUUCCUACAGCACCCCUGUACAAAGAUGAGAAGGAGCAACUUAUCAUUCCACAAGUUCCGCUUUUUAAUAUCUUGGCCAAAUUUAAUGGACUUACUGAAAAGGAAUAUAAAACAUAUAAGGAGAACUUCCUGAAGCGCUUCCAGCUUACAAAGCUUCCACCAUACCUCAUUUUCUACAUUAAAAGAUUCACAAAAAACAACUUUUUUGUUGAAAAAAACCCUACUAUUGUCAACUUCCCAAUUACAAGCGUUGAUUUGCGUGAGUACCUCGCCGAAGAAGUCCAGGCUACAGAGAAAAACGCAACUUAUGACCUAAUUGCUAAUGUGGUCCAUGAUGGAAAACCUACUGAAGGCUCCUACAGAAUUCAUGUGCUACACCACGGUACCGGAAAGUGGUAUGAACUACAAGACUUGCAAGUGACAGACAUUCUUCCUCAGAUGAUCACACUUUCUGAAGCUUACAUUCAGAUCUGGAAAAGACGAGAAGAUGAUGAGACCAAUCAACAGGGAGCAUGAUUUGCCUCGCCAUUCUGGACACACAUAUAUAUUUUUUUUACUUUUCAAAUUUACUAAAUACUGGAGUGAAUAAAAAGAAAAUGCCCAAA